AUGAACGGAAGGCGUCGGGGAGGCUUUAAUAACAAGGCUGUGUCGAGGUACCAAUUUUAGUGGAGUUUUUCUCUACGUUAACAUCUCCGUUAUUGAGGUAAAAACUCAAACGUGUCAACACUAAUCAUCGCUUUCAGUUUUUUGCAAAGGAGCUAAAAGUAUUGUUUAGAAGGCGAACAUGGACAUUAACUAAACAGAAUGAUUGAAUUGUCAGCUAUUCAGUAAUGGAAUAACAUUGUCUAUUUGCAUGAAGAGGUCUCGUCUGUUUCUAUUUUAGCGUUGCGUCGGUGGCGAAGUUUUAACAUAAUAAUUUUGUUACCAACUAGGUUGAUACGAAACUUUACUGAUAGUCAAUUUACCCCCGAGAAAAGAUUGAGAAGAUAACGCCCUUCGCAUAGCAGUUCGUCAGAGCGAAUCUUCAGAGCGAAGGUUUUUCUGCUCAUUGAAACUUUCUUCCGCUUCGAAAACUGGCCAGUCAUGAUCGACUUUUCUUCCUUUUUUGCAAAAAUUAAAGAAAAAAAAGAAACCGUGAAAAAGUUCCUCGAUAGUGUAGCCAUGGUAACCAUCUACAGUGGUAGCUGCAUCAGUUAUUUUAAUUCUAAAGUAUCCAUAUCACACUUAUUAAACUCAAUACAAUAUGGAAUAUCUCUUCAAUGUGUUGGUUGAAGGUUACAUUUUUAUGGCGUCUCUGGCCGACAAUAGAGCGAUAGAAUGCAUAUUAUGCCAUUUCACAGGUUUUCCGACUCGAUAAUGAUAAUGGUAUUAUACAUAAACCAAUUAGCAGACAAUUUUCUUGCAGAUAGUUUUGUUUAUCAAAAGCAACCACUAACCAUUAAAGAUAGACGAUAAGAUCGAACGACGUUUCGGUGUCGUUCAGCUGAUAGUGUUUUUUUUUACAGUUUGAUCUAAACAUUUUGAACUUGAACAUGCAUAUGGGGUCAUGGUGACGCCAAAACCUCUUUCGAUUUUAUAGCUGAUUUAAACGAAAAUCCUUAAAUAAGACGAUUUAAACAGAUAUCUGGGAAGCUGUCCACCUACCCCUUCCCUAAGCCAACAUAAACACUUACGGGCACUUCUCACUUAGCAUCUACUUAAACUUGCUUGGCUGACAACUUAAAGGGACUGUGUCACGGCAGUCCAGUUAAUUUUCUUUAAUUUUGCCAAUCACUCGCCCUCAAUCGCUAUGGAACUUAAAGUAAGCAAAGAAAUUUCAUGUAAAUGACAAAAUCAGAGAUCCGAGACAAACAAAUAUCUCUCCUGAGCAUUAUUUUUGAGGUUAAGAAGCAGGGAUCAACUUUGAAAAACUGUUAGGCAGAACAGUUUUAAAAAACCCCUUAUUUCAAUCCGUUUCAAUCUUCAGCAGAUUUGCCCAUCCGUGGAAUCUGUUGUUUCUGUUAUGUUAUUUUAAUCUUCCUUUAAAAUUUUAAGCGGUUAUUUUAAUGUUUCUCUUAAUUUAAAGGGCAUUUUGUAAAUUCCUAAUUUGACUGAAUUUCAUGACACAGCUCCUUUAACAACAACAGUAAGACUUGAGGAUGGCUGGGCCGUGUGGUACUGUAGGUUCAGGAACAACCAUCCUUUACUUUCAACUGAUUAUAAUAAUUUGUAUAAAUGAUUCCUUCCUCUAUCGCUAACUAACUUGAACGCGGAAAGUAAUAAUUAAAGCUAAUUGAUCGUCAAUAAAUCCUUUUUGCGUGUUUAUCUUAACAGGGAAUAGAAAAGUCUUGUUUCUGCGGAUUAACCUAAAUUUGCAAUGGAAGGCAACAUCGUAGAAGAAAAUGGAUAUAUUAAUAAUCAUAGUGAUUCAUCGUUUAUCAGCGACCAUGAAGAGUACUCUGAUUAUGAUGACGACACAGGAUCGGAAUGCAGCUGUUCCACGUGCUCAACUUGUUCCACGUGCUCAACGUUCGAAGAGGACGAAUUGGAGCCUGGGGAGAGUUAUGACGAGGAAGAUUUGCAAUGUCCCGAAUGUGAACAUGAGAUGCAAAAAGAAAUUCACUACUGUCAUAGUGAUACUGACUCACUAGACAAAACUCAACUACAGGACAACGAGUUUCACUUUGCAGGAAAAAACGGUCUUACAAGCGAAGAUCAAUUUGUUUUCGAUAAGUUUGCUGAGGUAAUGGUAUUAAGUUCGGACGAUGCGCAGUUUAAAAAUGGCGAGUACCUAAUGAAUGGCGAGAAAAACUCCAAUGAAAUUCUCCUGGGUGGCAAACAAAGGAAAAAGAAAGUCCAUUUUAUGGAUUCUUCGUCAUCUUCUGAUGACGUAGCUUAUGACGUAGCUCAAGCUGAAGCUUACUCUAUUUCCAGUCUCUCGGACAGCAGUACGAGCGGCUCAUACCCAGACUGCAUUCAGCCUCUUCAAAACGGCUACAAUUAUCCUCAUAUACUAAAGAAUAAUCAAGAGCAUAAGGAGCACAAAGGAGAUCUAUCAGAAGGCGAAUUGGAAAGGGAAUACAAUCGGUUAAGAGCUGUUUUUAAGACGAUUGAUCCUUUGAAACUUCAUGGUAUCCUUAAACACAGUCUAAAAACAAAAAACUCUGACGUCAUCUUGGCUUUGGGAACAUUACUUCCGAAAAGCAAGUUUACCGCUGACACCGUUCAUUGCGUUCGCUGUCACAAGGAAUAUGAUCCACACUACGGAAGAAAACGAUGUGUUCUUUAUCACCCUGAGAAAGACGUUUGGAAAGUGUCCCAGAAUUCUGAGGGAGCUACUUUUAAAUGUAGUUUGUGUUCGACCGCGUUUACAAUGAAAGGAACCUGGGAGUAUAAAUUGAGUCAAGCGUCCGAACAGAAUUGUGGGAUUUGUUUUGAUGGCGUUCACACGCCUGAUCCAAGUUACGUUAGUUACCAGCCCUCUGGCGCGGCUCAGUGUUGUGAGGAUAAAGGCUGCAUAGUAUUUUAUGUAUAG